AUGGUUGUCAUAUCCAGUGCUUUAUGUGAUGACGAUGAGAUAAACAGAGCCAUCCUCUGGAAGAGAGAGCGGCUCAACAAAGAUGGGGAAUUUGUUGGCAAUGAGUUGAAGCAAACAGUGAAUAAGAUUACCCUGGUGCUGAACGACAACGACCAGACCGUGUGGUCCUCCCCCACCAACGGCCUAGGCAACAACUGCUUCGCCCGCUUGCAGACCAACGGCAACCUCGUCAUCCGCAACGACAAUGACCAGGUUGUUUGGUCGAGCAACACCGCCGGCGAGGAGGGCAACUACAUCCUCGUCCUGCAGAACGACGGCAGCGUCGUCAUCUUCGGCCGCUCUAUAUGGUCCAUCCCCCCCGGUUCCAACACCGCCACUUCCAAAGGCGCCGUGAUCGUCAAAAGGGGCCGCAGCGAUGAAUCCACGAACAUUCUCUAUGGAGGUCACAAGCUGCGCACCGACGAAUCCCUCAAACAAGGGGACUAUACAUUCGUCAUGCAGUCCGACUGCAACCUGGUGCUGUACGCCAACAACAACAACCAGGUCAUGUGGUCCUCCCAAACCAACAACCUAGGUACGAGGUGCUUCGCCCGCAUGCAGACCGACGGAAACUUAGUCAUCUUCGAGGGUAUUAACUUCAACAAAAUUUGGGAUAGCAACACCCGCGGCCCGGAGGGCAAGUACAUCCUCGUCCUGCAGCGCGACGGCCACGUCGUCAUCUACGGCAGCCCUAUAUUUACGAUCCCCAACGAUGAACCCACGAACAGGAAGAUCGCCAUGGUGACUAAAAAAUAGUUGCCUUCACCACGAAGGAUGCAUGGGUAGCUAUUAAAUAAAAGCGAAUAAAUUGAAGCGAGGCAUAAAUAAUAAUUAGCUAGCUACAUGGUGGCAUAGCACGUAGCCUCGUUGUUCUGGUGUACGUAACUACUGUUAAGUUGGUGUGAGUCGAUCACCUUAAUUAUCUAUCUGCUCUGCCUUUUUUUA